AUGGCGACCGCGUACCUCAAGGAGAUACUUCCGGCAGUCGAAGAACUAUCCAACGCAUUGACCCAGAACGAAGCAAGCUUCCCGCUUCCACUGGUCAGCAAGCCUUUCAUCUCGAAGUCUAUUGAGGUCCUGAUCGACCAGUACCAACGGUUUGGGCACCAUGUGUACGACAGGUUCUCUCAAGAUCAAUUUGGCACUCAGGCGCAGGCCGAUUUGGGUAUGGCGGAUAUAGGAGUACAGGACGCUUUGGAAAAAGUGCUUAAUGUCUUCCGAAGCUGA